AUGAUCUCUUAUCCUCUUACCCUCUUUUUCCUAAAUGAGGAGGACAAUGAGGAUCUGAAAUGCCAGCUGCAGUUCGUGAAGGAAGAAGCUGCUUUGAUGAGAAAGAAAAUGGCCAAGAUUGAUAAAGAAAAGGACAGAUUCGAACACGAGCUUCAGAAGUACAGAUCCUUUUAUGGAGAUCUGGACAGUCCUUUGCCCAAAGGAGAAGCCGGGGGGCCUCCCAGCACCAGGGAGGCUGAGCUCAAGCUGAGGCUGAGGCUGGUGGAGGAAGAAGCCAACAUCCUGGGCAGGAAGAUCGUGGAACUGGAGGUGGAGAACAGAGGCCUGAAGGCAGAACUAGACGACCUGAGGGGGGACGACUUCAACGGCUCGGCCAACCCCCUCAUGAGGGAGCAGAGCGAAUCCCUGUCGGAGCUGCGGCAGCACCUGCAGCUGGUGGAAGACGAGACGGAGCUGCUGCGGCGGAACGUGGCCGACCUGGAGGAGCAGAACAAGCGCAUCACUGCGGAGCUCAACAAGUACAAGUACAAGUCCGGCGGCCACGAGAGCGCGCGACACCACGACAGCGCCAAGACCGAGGCCCUGCAGGAGGAGCUGAAGGCGGCACGCCUGCAGAUCAACGAGCUCAGCGGCAAGGUCAUGCAGCUGCAGUACGAGAACCGCGUGCUUAUGUCCAACAUGCAGCGCUACGACCUGGCCUCGCACCUGGGCAUCCGCGGCAGCCCCCGCGACAGCGACGCCGAGAGCGACGCGGGCAAGAAGGAGAGCGACGACGACUCGCGGCCGCCUCACCGCAAGCGUGAAGGGCCCAUCGGCGGCGAGAGCGACUCGGAGGAGGUGCGCAACAUCCGCUGCCUGACACCCACCCGCUCCUUCUACCCGGCGCCCGGGCCCUGGCCCAAGAGCUUCUCCGACCGGCAGCAGAUGAAGGACAUCCGCUCGGAGGCUGAGCGCCUGGGCAAGACCAUCGACCGGCUCAUCGCCGACACUAGCACCAUCAUCACCGAGGCGCGCAUCUACGUGGCCAACGGGGACCUGUUCGGACUGAUGGAUGAGGAGGACGACGGCAGCCGCAUCCGCGAGCACGAGCUGCUCUACCGCAUCAACGCGCAGAUGAAAGCCUUCCGCAAGGAGCUGCAGACCUUCAUCGACCGCCUCGAGGUGCCCAAGUCUGCGGACGACCGCGGCGCCGAGGAGCCCAUAUCCGUGAGUCAGAUGUUCCAGCCUAUCAUUUUACUUAUUCUCAUUCUUGUAUUAUUUUCAUCACUUUCUUACACAACAAUAUUUAAACUUGUCUUCCUUUUUACACUAUUUUUUGUACUGUAAAUCUUUCAUCAUUUACCAUUCAUUGUAGUAUUUUCAGUUUGUUUAUUUUGUUCACCCUCCAAGACAAGAAGUAAAAGAAGUAUAAUUUCUGUAAUAAUCAAUGCUAUAAAAACACUGAAGACUGCUUAUUUUUUAAAAAGACACAUCUUACCACUACCAAAUUCAAUAAGAAGCCCAAGCAUUAAAAUAUUUCAGAGGAAACACACUCCAAAGUUCACACUGAUAAGU